AUUUAUUGAGAAUCAUAGUAAAAUAGCGCGUCAGUUCACGAUUACACUUGCAAGUGUACGUUGUAUUUUGUCGCGGCUUUCACUUGCCCGAGACUUUUUUCUGCAAGUAGAAAGUUUUAGAUUCAACCACAAUAAUAGCACAAUAUCACAAUAAGUAGAAAAAAUAUUGUUGGAAAAGUUUUCAAAGAUGUCUAUGAAAAUUGAAUAUAAUAAAACAAUUCAAAAGGCAACUAAUGUUACAUUCCAAGCUCAUCACGUUUCAAGAUCUAAAAGAGGUCAAGUACUAGGGAAUCAUGAAGGAUUUAGAGGAUGCACCAUAUGGUUUACAGGUUUAUCUGGUGCUGGGAAAACAUCAAUAUCAUUCGACCUCGAAGCUUAUUUAGUAUCUCGAGGUAUACCAUCGUACAGUCUUGACGGCGACAACGUUAGAAACGGCUUAAAUAAAAAUUUGGGAUUCACAAAAGAAGAUCGUCAAGAAAAUAUUCGAAGAGUAGCUGAAGUUGCUCGUCUAUUCGCAGAUGCUGGUCAAAUAUGUUUAUGCAGUUUCGUAUCUCCUUUUGCAGAAGACAGAGUGAUGGCGAGAAAAAUUCACGAAGACGCAAAUUUGCCAUUUUUCGAAGUCUUCGUUGAUACGCCAAUAAACGUUUGUGAAUCACGAGAUGUUAAAGGUUUAUACAAAAAAGCUAGACAAGGUUUAAUAAAACGUUUUACCGGAAUUGACCAGGAAUACCAAAAACCGGAAUGUCCAGAUCUUGUUGUUAAAACCGUUGAACAAACUGUUGAGGAAAGCAUGUUGCAAGUUGUUGAGAUGUUGGAGGAAAAUGGAAUUAUACCAAGUAUAAGAUCUGCUGAUGAUGUGAUCGAGCUUUUUAUGGACGAAAUGACUUUAAAAGAAACCAUGGAAAAAAUUGAGGAUAUUCCAAAAUUAACAAUAACCACAUUGGAUUUACAAUGGGUUCAAAUUUUAAGUGAAGGAUGGGCUUCGCCACUAAAAGGAUUUAUGAGGGAAGAUGAAUAUCUCCAGACUUUACAUUUUAAUUGCCUAAAAACAAACCAAGACGAAAUAACCAAUCAAAGCAUACCUAUUGUUCUUCCAAUAAACUCUUCCGAUAAAGAACGCCUUCAAAACUCCUCCAAAAUAGCUCUUUAUCAUAACGGAGAAGUUUACGCUAUUUUAUCAGACCCAGAAUUUUAUUACCACCGAAAAGAAGAAAGAAUAUCUCGUCAAUUUGGAACAACAAACAAAGAUCAUCCAUAUAUAAAAAUGAUUUAUGAAUCUGGAGAUUGGUUACUCGGAGGAGAUUUACAAGUUUUAAAAAGAAUCCGCUGGAAUGAUGGAUUGGAUCAAUACAGACUCACACCAAAAGAAUUAAGAACCAAAUUCCAUAAAAUGGGGGCAGACGCAGUUUUUGCUUUCCAACUUAGAAAUCCAAUCCACAAUGGACACGCUUUAUUAAUGACUGACACUCAACAACAACUCAAAGAACGCGGAUUUAAAAAACCUGUCCUUCUACUUCAUCCUUUGGGUGGAUGGACAAAAGAUGAUGAUGUCCCACUUGAUACGAGAAUGCUUCAACAUCAAGCUGUUUUAGAUGAAGGACUUUUGGAUGAAACCAAUACUGUUUUAGCUAUUUUUCCAAGUCCGAUGAUGUACGCUGGACCAACCGAAGUACAAUGGCAUGCCAAAUCGAGAAUGUGUGCCGGUGCGAAUUUUUAUAUUGUAGGCCGUGAUCCGGCGGGAGUUCCUCACCCAGCUGGAAAAGAAGGAUCUAUUGACGGAAAUUUAUAUGAUGCAACUCACGGUGGAAGAGUUUUGAAAAUGGCACCGGGGUUGAAAUACUUAGAAAUAAUUCCGUUUAGGGUAGCUGCUUAUGAUAAGAAGGGUAAAAAGAUGGAUUUCUUUGAUGCCUCAAGAGCAGGUGAUUUUGAAUUUAUUUCUGGCACUAAAAUGAGAACUUUAGCGAGAACUGGAGAAAACCCACCUGAUGGUUUUAUGGCACCGAAAGCAUGGAACGUUUUGGCUAAUUAUUAUCAAUCAUUGAAGAAAUAAUAAAACCAAGGAAUAUAUUGUAAUUAGGAAAAUAUUAAUUAUGUUAAUAAAAGAAAUAUAUUAUA